GAUUUUCUUAUCACUAAUACAAGUACUUAGGAUCUUAAAGUAGAGAUUUAUUCAUUUGAAAAAGUCAACGAAGCAGGAAAAUGAUUUUUCUUGUUAUUUGCUUAUGUAUUCUUGCGUUUUCAGAGGCUUCCAAAUGGGAGAACGUCACAAUCGCAGUGGUAGAAUAUAAACUGCUAGUAAACAGUUCUUUGGAAGAAUCGGAAAAUGUAGCACAAAACGCACAAAAAUACAUCGAGAUUGUCAAAAAUGUAACAAAAGAGCGAAAAUUAGACUUAAUUGUAUUUCCUGAAGACACUCUUUAUGUUCAUCGUGAAACCGCUAUAGCAAUCCAGUUAGACAAUCCUUGCGAUUCUGACUCUUACCCUCAGUUUAUGAAGGACCUUUCUUGCGCCUCUCGAUCAUCACAGACUUACAUCGUUCUAAAUCUUGUAGAAAAAGUUAAGUGUGAUGAGGCCCAAACCUCAAGCGACAAUUGCAAAAAGUUUGGUUUUUAUUUCUACAACACUGAUGUGAUUCUUGACCGAAAUGGCACUAUCGUGAAUCGCUACCACAAAUACAAUCUUUUUGGGGAACGCACAAUGGACAAACCUGAAACACCCGAAGAAAUCGUCUUCGAAACAGAUUUUGGCAUAAAAUUUGGAAUUUUUACAUGUUUUGACAUUUUAUUUAAGACACCAGCUCAAGAGUUGCUCAAACGUGGUGUCGAUGCUGUGAUUUACCCCAGCAUGUGGUAUUCCGAGUUGCCAUUUCUCGCUGCCAUGCAAACGCAACAAAUGUGGGCAAACCGUCACAACAUCACUCUGCUUGCUGCUGGUGCUAAUAAUGUUCAGGUUGGUAGUGGUGGAAGUGGGGUUUACAGAGGUGUGGAUGGUUUGGUAGUGGGGGGAGUUGUGGCUGAGGGUGGCACACAAGUUUUUCUCUACCAAGGUGACAAGAAUGGGGAUUUUGACGAAGACGUGGAUGAGUUGGCGAAGAAAAUGGACGGUUUUUAUUUACAAAUAGAUAACAGUUUGGAAGACCCAAAAUAUAGAUGGGAGGUAUUGAACACCUCUGUCAGAAACCACUACAAUGUUCUUUGUGGUGGUGAUGAUGAAAAUACAAUUUGUUGUCAUUACAGUCUUACAAUGUCUACGGAAGAGAUAAAACCGGAUAUGAAACACUACACUUAUGUCAUGGUGUCUUAUUCAGGUAUUCGUUCGUAUACAGGAGUUUACAAUGGGGGUAUGGAAGUUUGCGGUAUAAUCGCUUGUUUGAAUUCUUCGUUGUCUUCUUGUGGUCAAAGAUUUCCGAAUUAUGAGGAAAUUCAAUGGCCUGUGACAUUCGAAAGUAUCACAAUUAGCGCACAAUUUGAAAAAAGUGAAAAUCGAACACAAUUUCCCAACUCACUCUUGAGUUCGAUACGACCCAUUGAUACGAGUGAAACAUCCUGGGAUGAAAAAGAUGUGGAGAUAAAUGAAACUAUUUUUGAGGAGAGAAGCUUUACAACCAGAGCUCAGAAUAGGUUAUUAACUUUUGCGAUUUUGGGAAGGAAUUUUGGACUAGAUUCGUCUGCAGAUAAUGAUAAUGAUGAUGAUGAUUCCAAUCAUUCAAGUAGCAGCUUAUCAACGUCUGGGAUUCUAUUGUCUUGUUCCUUUUUAAUUUUACGUAAAAUAAAAUAA